CUAAAAAUAUUUACAAUUUAGAGUAUAAUGUCUACAUCAGCCGUGACAAGCACUAGGAACCAACCUACUAACAAAUCAUGGGAGCUAAGCUUGUACGAGUUACACAGACAGCCUCAACCUGCUAUUACUGAUGAUACUGAGAUAGCAGUUCAAGCAAAGGACCUACACACCGAGCUGAUGUGCCCUAUUUGUCUGGAUCUGUUGAGGAAAACAAUGACUACUAAAGAGUGCUUACACAGGUUCUGUCACGAGUGUAUAACCACUGCACUGAGAGCCGGCAACAAGGAGUGCCCUACUUGCCGCAAGAAGCUCGUCUCCAGACGCUCACUCAGACCGGACCCUAACUUUGACAAGCUGAUGUCUAAAAUUUACCCUAAUCGUGAAGACUACGAGCAACAGCAGGAGCAAAUGUUUUCAGCUAUCACUAAACAUCACAGUCAACUAUCUUUCCAGGCGUGUGUGGAGGAGAGUUUAAAGGUGCAGGCUUCUACACGACACUCAAAAGUACAGUUACCUAGCAUUGACGGGUCUAGCGAUACCAUUCGCUGGAGUGGAGGACAGAGUUCAGAUGAGGAAACGUCGUCAAACAAGAGGAGUAGAGUGUGUAGUGCUAGUGAGGAUAGUCUCGAGGGAAGUGUAAGUGACACAGCGGAGGAAACAGUGGAGAUAAUCCUGAAGCCGAGAAAUGCUAACUCAACAGCUGAGAGCAGAUAUCUGAAAACAACAAGCAACGCUUCGAUUCAACACAUCAAAAGAUAUCUGAUAGUGCGAACCCCACAAGCUGAGAGCAGGACUCCAACCAGUGAGGGUGCGCCGCCUCCCCCACCUCCCCCACCUCCCGAAACUACCUUCAUCAUCACUGUCAUACACGACGGUAACCACGUGACUCUUCCCAAUAACAUGACCUUGGAGACUGUGAUGGACAGUUACGUUAGUGAGGAGUGUCCCCUGGAAAUGUACUUUGCUCCUGUUUAGAUGUGGGGGAAGAGAUGUUAUCAAAACUCACAAUAUUCGAAUGUUAGAUACUAUCAAAAUUCAAAAUAUUUGAAUAUUAGAUACUAUCAAAACUCACAAUAUUCGAAUAACGGAUACAAUAUGACUCACAAUGUAUUUUUACAGUUCUGAGAUCACUAGAAACGACACCUUCUCCCGUUUUUACCAUGUAUUUUAAUUCAUCGUUCUGUUCCACAUUACUUAGUUUAGGGGAAGUGACAAAACUAUCGAGGAGAACUGUAUAAACACUAAACAGUCCCAACUGUCACUGACUUCACGCAGUGUAUAUCUAUACUUGUGGGUGUGCUUUGACGAAUUGAGUUUGAUAUUCCGGGAACAGUUUUAUCAUCAUAACACGGAAGUAAAGAAAUAUCGACUUGCUCUUUAUCAAAUCAAAUAUAAGAUGUAAAUGUCAAUGAUUAUUUUAGAUGGCGAAUUUUUCUGUGGAACAAGAGACAAGAGAGACUCUUGAAGAGCGUUCAUUUAAUUUUUCAGCCUUCAAACUAUCUCAAUCCUUCGUUUAUUCCCAUUGUAUCCAUUUAAAAGGAUGAAUAUGUGAUCUCGAUUGAAAAUAUUAAAAGUAUGUAGAUGUUUCAACGAAUUUCCCUUAAUUA